GCGUUGGUUUUAGUCGUAGGAUUGAUGGUGUUUUACAUGUCGCUCUGCUAACACCACUUCAGACAAUAAUUCUUGUGAAAAACAGAAAAUUGCAAUAUUUGAUUUUUUAAUAUGUAAAACAUGAUGGGAUGGACUUGGACAGACACACAGUAAAACAAUGUGAGUCCUUCCUCAAGUGAAGAAAUCUUGAUCGUUGAGGCAGUAGCAGAUGUACAGCUGUCUGCUCUCCACCUUGUUUUUUUCUCCAGUGCUGUGGCUGCUUGCUCUAGUUCAGGACAGCUGUUCUGCUCAGAAAGCUGCUGGUCCUGUGGUCCUGGAGAGUCCUGACCUCCCUGUGAUGGAGGGAGAUGAUGUGACUCUGCUCUGCAGAAGCAGCAUGUCCUCAUUCAACCGUACAGCUGAUUUCUAUAAGGACGAUGUCCUAAUCAGGAGUAGUGAAACAGGAAACAUCACCAUCCACAAUGUUUCCAGGUCAGAUGAAGGACUGUACAGGUGCAGCAUCUCUGGAGCUGGAGAGUCAGCAGAGAGCAGACUGACUGUCAGAGCUGGUCCUGUGAUCCUGGAGAGUCCAGUCCACCCAGUGACAGAGGGAGAAUCUGUGACUCUUCGCUGUAGAAAGAGAAACACUCCCAUAAACCACAUCGCUGAUUUCUACAGAUACAGCUUCCGUAUCGGGACUGGUUAUAAAGGAGACCUGAUCAUCCCCAGUGUCUCCAAAUCUGAUGAAGGACUGUACAAGUGCAGCAUCUCUGGAGCUGGAGAAUCAGCAGAGAGCAGACUGACUGUCAGAGGUGUUCCUGUGGUCCUGGAGAGUCCUGGUCUUCCUGUGAUGGAGGGGGAAGCUGUAACUCUGCGCUGCGUAAACAAGAUCAGCACCAACGUCACAGCUGAUUUCUAUAAAAACAGCCUCUUUUUUGAGAGAAGCUCUACUGGGAACAUAACUAUCCCCAGUGUUUCUAAAUCUGAUGAAGGACUGUACAGGUGCAGCAUCUCUGGAGCUGGAGAAUCAGCAGAGAGCAGACUGACUGUCAGAGAGUGUCCAAAUCAGGCUAUGACCCUUUGCUCUGAUCAACUUCCUGUUUUCCUCUACCUCCUCAUCAGGACUGUGUUUUGGGUGGUUCUGCUGGUGUUUGUGUUGAGAAAAUGUCACUGUGAGAAACAGAGGUGCCUCAUCUGGACGGAGAGACACUGAGAAGACGUCCAAAUAAAUGAAACAACAACUAAAUGAUUCAUGUGUGUGUUACACUCGUGGUUCAUUUAAUUGUUGUUUGAUGAAUGUUUUCAUAUUUGAGAAAUUCUAAUAUGUAUUUGUUUAACAUGGUUUGAAUGUGUAAUGAUGGGCCUACAGUCAAAGCAGUUUGCAGUAUAAUGACAAAGAGAAUUAGUAAGAAAGGUAGAAUGUGCUUUCUCUUAUUUUUGCUGUGUGUAAAGAAAGAAAGUUAACAGAUGACUUUUGACUGAUUUAUUGAACACUGUGAGAUGCUUCACCGAGCUCUAUAAGUAGAUCUGCUGUGCUGUGACCGCUGUGCAUCUUGAAAAUGUUUCUCAGGGGCGAAGAUGGGUCACCAGAUAUUUCAGGUGAACCACAUCACUUCUCUAUAAUCUGCAGAGGUAAGCAUCUGCUGUGGCCAGUGAGAGUGUUUGUUUAACCCUGUGCAGAUUAACCACAGUGUCUCUGCAUCUCUGUGUAAAGACGCUGUGGGUUAUGUGAGGUCACACAUGCAGGGUUUAGUCUUUGUUCUCUGGUUUUGAUGCUGACAACUGCUGAGACGCUGAGGGCUUAAAAUAAUUUGCACAGAUGACAAGUCAAGACAAACCAGGUCAUGAGAAGAGUCAAAAACACGCGAGCAGCCAUGGUUAAACACUGACAGGGAUUUUCAUUCAUUAGUUCUAAAUGUUUGAAGCAGGAAAUCAGAUUUUGGUGAUUCCAGAUGAUAACCAGAACCAAACUUUUCUGUUUCUAAAUCAGAAUGAUAAAAUAUACUCUAUAAUAACAGAAUGUUUCUGGUCUUCCAUGUAAAUCAAGCAGUAUUUCAUGAAGACUUGUUUGUCUGAUUUAUUAGUUUGACUGGAAAAAGCUUUCAUUUUAUUCUGUCUUUUAAAAAAUCAAGAUAAACAUGAGCUCAGGAUCUGAACAGGUUUGAACGUCUGAACGUGAUUGUUAAGCAUUAACACAACUCUGUCUCCAGACACACAUUCAACAUACCUGUUUGAAUGUGUCGAGUUACUUCUGAUAAACAAAGCCUGACGACCAAAGUCCACAGAUAAAAUCAUGUUGUACUUUGAACCCAGUCAUAAUAAAGUGCAGUCUUUGUGUGUGCAGUGUUGUUUACUAUGGCAGUAAAUGCAUUUCUGUGUGUUUUCUUAUUAGUAUCAUCUGCAAAUCGUCUGUGAAAUAUUAACAUAGUGUUUUCCAGGUAUCCAGGUUAAGCCGUCCAUCAGGCCUUCA